AUGGCUUCUCGAUCCCCGACAGUGGGCACCCCGCUGUUCAAACCCUCAGUUGCGCCGGAGUCACCCUCGGAAGACGCGCCAGCAGCACCGCAAACAGUGCCAUUCCCUUCACCACAGACCUUCGAGAUUAUCCCACCAUUGCACGGAAUCCUGCUUCGACUGCUUUCCCCCAAAGAUCCCUCGGCCGGUGCAUCGGGCGCACCCGGAACCGCAACAGACGCGCCGACUGAGCCUGGCCAAGCCCAGAAUCAACAAUCAACUUCCAGCGUACACGAUGGCGUGGGCAAUGGAAAUGCCACAAUCUCACAAACAGCGCUAGAGAUGCCCCUCCUCGACCCGAGUGCACACCCGCCACUGGACGUCAAGAACCUGCCCACAGAAACCAGCUCCGUGAAGAUUCGGAUCCAAAAGGCUCGAACGGUCGUCGAAGGACUUCCAGACGUACACCGAUCCGUUGAAGACCAGCAAAAGGAAAUUGGAGAAUUGGAGAACCAUAUGCGCAGGCUACGCUCUGUCAUCUCCGACUUUGGAACCCGAGCAGGCAUGCCACAGGAGGGCCAACAGAGGACCGUGGGGGUUUAA